AAUCAUGUCGGGAGUCAAAUCGAUCUGCCUUCCCCAGUUUAACGCAUUUCUUUGUGACCAUCUUUACGAGUACGUAAAUUCUGCGUUUAGGAGGAAAUAUUAUAUACACCAUGGCUGAAAAUCGUCUUCCUCGAGGAGAUGACUUAGCUCAACAAGAAAAUAAUGGCUUUGGACCACUUUUCAAGUGUCGUGGGAAAACUGCUACUGUCACUUCAGCUAUUAUGGUUGUGAUAAGUGGCGCGACGCUAUUCUUCGCGGUGAAAGAUAAAGAGAAGGAGUUUCAUUUCCUGGUGUUUACAGCUGCCCUGCUUACCCUCAGUUUUGUUUUCGGUGAAUUAUUUCGAAGGUUGUCCCUGUUGUCUGAGGAGUUCAAACACAAACGCACGAGAUAUCAAGGAAAGUUGAAGGGUAUUUUUAAGACCACUUUCACCUUCGAUUAUGGCAAGUGUAUUUUAGUCGCUGCUAUCGCUUCCGCUCUCAUAUUAUGUUAUCAGUUGUAUGAACAAUACGAAGUUUUCUCUCGCCCAGAAUUCGCCAUUUUGUUUUUUCUGAACUGUUUCGUGACUCCGCAGUUGUUGUACCUUGUGGGUCUCCGACAGCUCUCUCCUGUGGAAACAUCAGAUUUAAACGAAAAAGAAAACAAGAAUGUGGCUGAUGGGCUGGCUUGGAGCUACUACUUUGGUUAUCUGAAGCUGGUACUGCCAAAACUGAAAGAUCAGAUUGGCAGAUCGGAGCUUUUUCGUUAUGAAAUAACAAGGAAAAAGCUUUUCAUUUUACUGCCCAAAACGUGCUUCACUUGUGCUGACAUCAAAGACGCAGACCCAAGGGUAAAAUGGGUCGGUAAUCUCCCAGAGCUUAAAAUUAGUAGGGGUGGAAUUAAGGAAAGAAUUUACAAGCAUUCGGUACAUAAGAUAGAAAUGCCCCACCCUGAUGGAACAGUAGAAAGGUACCACUUUAUCUUGGAGUAUGCCACACCUCUGAUGUCCCUUUAUGAUAUGUCUGAGCAUGCAGACGCCUCCUUUAAUCGUGAGGAGCGGGAUCAUCAGGUGGUGUUAUUCAUCCAAAAAUUGAGGGAAAUUCUGGAGAACUCUGAAGAGUGCAGAGGAACUUAUGAAUUAGUGCCAAUUUCAGGAAAUGAUCCAAAUGAGAUUUCAGAUGUCCUGAUUGGGAUGCAUAAUGCUGCCAACAUUGAGAUGCACAAUCCAGAAGCUAAUGGAGUGCACAGACCAGAACAAGAACAGCUCUAAACAAAAUAAUGCUAAUGUGGUGUAGCAAGAAACUCAGUCUGUAAUGUUGUACACAUAAGUUCCUGAUAUUUUACAGGACCUGCAAUAUAGUAAAUGAAAUAUUUCUUUUCUGAUGCAUGUAGGAAUG